GGGCGGAGCCUCAAUGAUGAGGGGAGAAGCUUGUAAACACCUGCCUUCCCAAAACCACUCUCCUUGCGUCUCCGAGAAGCACCCAGCUGUUGUUUAUCCUCCUCCAGGGACAGAAAAUCCGAUUGUUUAUCUCCCUAUUCCGUGAUGUUAUAAAGAAUGGUCCAUUAAACUAAGUUUGGGCGUCUGUCUCCCCACAGCCACCUCCUGGCUGGCACCCUCCUCCGGGGAGGCCGUGGGCGUGGGCUGCAGCCUCCCAGCGUCCGUCCCCUCCCUCCGCCGCCUCCCCUCUCCCCCCCUCCCCCGGUUAUUUGGGAGAUUAGAGUUCAUUAAUUAAAUCCUGUGCUUAGAUCGAACUGUAACAUUAUUCCAAUCACAUUUAUCUUGCAGGCGGCGGCGGAGAUGGCAGCCUCGCUGGAAACGCGCGGGGGAGCCUGAGGCGGCCGCCGGAGACGCACGACACGGCGCGCUCCCUCGCCAGCCACGCCGCGCACGGCCCCUCCAUCUUCCCGCUCAGCCUCCUGCCCCGCUCGCCCCUGCCUCGGGGGUCCCCUGCCAGGCUCCUGCCCGCCCCCACCCGCAGCCCUCGGCGGCUGCCCUGCCCGGGUCCCCUCCUCCGCCGCACACGCUCACGCGCGCGCGAACACACUCACGCGCCAGCGAGCUGCUGGCCGCUCGAUGGAUCGAUUUCCCCGCUUCCCCUGAUCCCAGCCCAGCUCGGGAUGAGAAAUUGCAAAAUGGCCCGGGUCGCCAGUGUGCUGGGGCUGGUCAUGCUCAGCGUCGCCCUGCUGAUUUUAUCGCUCAUCAGCUACGUGUCCCUGAAAAAGGAGAACAUCUUCACCACUCCCAAGUACGCCAGCCCGGGGGCGCCCCGAAUGUACAUGUUCCACGCGGGAUUCCGGUCACAGUUUGCGCUGAAGUUUCUAGACCCGUCCUUUGUGCCCAUUACGAAUUCUCUCACCCAGGAACUCCAAGAGAAACCUUCCAAGUGGACAUUUAAUCGGACAGCGUUUUUGCAUCAAAGGCAAGAAAUUCUUCAGCAUGUCGAUGUAAUAAAAAAUUUUUCUUUGACCAAGAAUAGUGUUCGGAUUGGACAACUGAUGCACUAUGAUUAUUCCAGCCAUAAGUAUGUUUUCUCUAUUAGCAAUAACUUCCGAUCCCUCCUUCCAGAUGUGUCACCCAUUGUGAAUAAGCAUUAUAAUAUUUGUGCUGUGGUUGGAAAUAGUGGGAUCCUGACAGGGAGCCAGUGUGGACAAGAAAUAGAUAAAUCAGAUUUUGUUUUCCGUUGCAAUUUCGCCCCUACGGAGGCUUUCCAAAGAGAUGUUGGAAGGAAAACCAACCUUACCACCUUCAACCCCAGCAUCCUGGAAAAAUAUUACAACAAUCUUUUGACCAUACAGGACCGUAACAACUUUUUCCUCAGUUUAAAAAAGCUUGAUGGGGCCAUUCUUUGGAUCCCUGCAUUUUUCUUCCACACUUCAGCAACUGUUACCAGAACAUUAGUUGACUUUUUUGUUGAACACAGAGGUCAGUUAAAGGUCCAAUUGGCUUGGCCUGGAAAUAUAAUGCAACAUGUCAACAGGUACUGGAAAAACAAACAUUUGUCGCCCAAACGACUGAGCACAGGUAUUCUUAUGUACACCCUUGCGUCAGCUAUAUGUGAAGAGAUCCACUUGUAUGGAUUUUGGCCUUUUGGAUUUGAUCCCAACACAAGGGAAGAUCUUCCAUACCAUUACUAUGACAAAAAAGGAACCAAAUUUACCACCAAGUGGCAGGAGUCCCACCAGCUACCUGCCGAGUUUCAGCUGCUGUACCGAAUGCAUGGGGAAGGGCUCACCAAGCUGACUCUGUCACACUGUGCCUAAGAACUCUGAAUGGAAAGUGCCAAAUGGCUGUUUAAAAAGUGCCCCAAAUCAGGUUGAAUAGUCUUCAGAAUAGAACCCUAGAGAAUGUCUUAUGAGGAUUGUCUGCCAUUUAAAAGGAAAGAUGUCUUUUCUCUCUUUUGCACUGCUCUUUUAAGAGUUUUAGCAGAUUUUUAGCAGGACAGACACAUUGAAGCCACAGGAUUGAAACUUGAUUGAUAAAGGGAAUGUUGCAUUUGGGAUUAUGCUGCUAACGAAAUGGUUUGAAGUAUUUUCAUGUUUGUAUUUUGAUAAUAAACUGCCUCCCAUUUUUAUGAGGACUAGAGCUAUAGUUUCUGCAGCUCUGCUCAGAUACAGUCCUUGUAAUCAGAGG